AUGCCUUUCUAUUCCAGCAGUGGGAGUAGUUAUCGACCAGCCAAAAAGUGUCAGAUGCGACAUUGUGACAGAGAGGUAGGGUUCUAUGAAAGUAGCAACAAGAAUUCAUUUUACUGCCCGAGGCAUAGCUGUCAUGCUAAUUACAAAUGCCGCACACCGUCAGAAGACGGAGAAAGGUUCUGUAAGACCCACGCAGUUUGUGCUCACUAUGGAUGUGGCAAAAGGAUAUCAGAGGAGGACAAAUCUUUCCGUUACUCAAAGGGAGGCAAAGAUUCAUGGCUUUGCUCGGAUCAUCGUUGCAAGGCAGAUGACUGCUACAAACAUCGUCGCGACUCCAACACCAAAUACUGCGAUGAUCAUGCCAAGGAGAACAAAUGCGAGGUUUCGGACUGCUCUUCGGAUCGAAGCUCGAAACACUACUGUGAAAAACACACUUGCCAGCAUCCUGAUUGCACUCGAAAGACAUUGAAUUCGGGUCGGAGCAAAGAAAAAUGCCGUCACCAUCAGCCGUGUGCCUCACCGGGGUGUACUAGGCAUGUGGACUUGGAUGCCUACAACAUUCCAAAGAAAUUUUGUGCUCACCAUGGUCAAUGCAGGAUACAUCGAUGUCAUGGUAUCGUCCGGACGGGAUCUUGGUAUUGUGCUGAGCACGAGUGCUACAUUGUAACCUGCCAUCGACCCAAAGACCUAUCUAAUGCCCCUGGCACCCGGUUCUGUCAUAGACGCUGUACAAAUUCUCUCCUCGACUCAAAGGGUCAUCAUGUCCAGAGAUGCUCUCAACAUACCUGCGAACGACCAGGCUGUUGUGAAAAAGCCCGUACUGACGGUUCAAAAUCCCCUUUCUGUAUUUCCCACGGUUGCAUGAACAAACAUUGUCGGAAUCCAGCCAAGGUUAAAAAUGGUUGCUGUUGGGAGGAGGCAUGUGUAAGGCCCGAGUGCGGCAUGCCCAAGUCUGCCGGAUGUGGAAACUACUGUUUCAAUCACAGAACGACCCAUAAUGACUCGUCGACCCUAACAUCAUCCCGGUCUACUACAGGACGUUAUAGCCAUGGGAGUAUUGGGAACAGGCCGGCGUUAGUUGUGCCCUUCGAUUGGGCAUAUCUGCGCUCUCCCACAUCAGGGUCCAGGGAAUGGCGGCAUGCGCAGAUGGACCGGGCUUAUCGAGGCAUUUACUCAAGGCCUCGGUAUUAUUAG